AUGCAUUCUGGUUGUUUUCUAUGUGUUAUACUUCCAUUAAGUAUCGCAUUUUUCAUCGUCAAUUGCAUCUAUGCGCAACCCGAAAUUCCAUGUGAUCCGUCCGCGAGUGGACCCUGUUCGGAAAAGGCCUAUUGCUGGUGCGCAUCGUUAGUAACAGGAGAAGGCAUUUGUACAAUUGGCAUCCACUGUGCUUCUGCACUAUCUUGUAAUGCCACCAGUCCAUGUCAAGAAACUAAUUCAACUUGUGUCUUCGACGCUCGAUGUGGUGUUCGUGGUGUGUGCUAUCCAAACAUAAUAUUCAGGACAGAAUUUUGUCCACCCAUCGUUCGAAAAUAA